GUGCAUUCAAAUCGGUUAAUGCACAGCUAGCUGUUGAUUAUCCCUUACAUAACAUUACCAAGUGGCAAUGUUACAUUACAUUGCCAAGAGGCUUAACAACCGCCAGCUCGGGACGUGAGUGACAACGACUAGGAAACAACCUACUUUCAUGUCCAGGAAAUCGAAAGUUAAGACCGGCGGCGCCGGAUAUCUGCUGCGCUGAGAAGGGAGUGAGAAGAAGCAGUGAGAGGCGGUAACUGCUCACGCACACACUGCGACGCAUAUAGGUCUUGUGAUACGCUUAUAAUCUCAAUUUUGCAUGAUAUAUUUGAUUUCCACUGGUAUGUACACAUUGUUUUACUGAUCAAAGGUUGGUCCCUUUGGAAGAUUCGUCUUUUAUGGACGCAAGGGCGGUGACUGAACCCAGUGCUGGAAAGACGUGCCAUGGUCCGCAAUGUUAGGAUGUCUGCGUUUGAACUGUGAAUGAUCAUUAGAAGCCAUUAAACAAUGGAAAAGCCAGAGGAUCCUCCACUGGAGACAUGGACUGAGUCUAUGGUGAGCAACUGGUUAACAUCGAUAGGAGUUAAAGAAACAUACAUCAAAAAACUUCAUGAAGAGGAAGUAGAUGGCCGGAUCCUUUGUGAACUCUCAGAAGAAUAUCUGGAAAAAAAGAUUGGACUGAAAUCUGGACCUGCGCUUUUGAUAAUCAAAAAAAGAGACGAGUUAGUAAAUUCACAAAAAGCCAGGAGCAAACAUUUACACAAACAAACUUCUGGAAAAAAUGACCAUGAAGCAAGUGCAAUUAAAAGUGUUGACACAAGAGCCGAAAUCAGGGAAGAGCAUAAAGAAGAUUCUGUGCCUGUGAUAACAACAAAGAGAGAUUCAAAACUACGACCUUUUGACAUGAAAGGUGUUGAUUUUACAUAUGUUAAAAACAGUGUACUCUUACCAGAAUCAGGGGUUGAUGAUUUUAUUCGUCCAUGUCAUGAGUAUAAGUCAUUUGCCAUUGCUGCAACACUGGACCGCCAAAGACUACAGGCCAAGUUCGCAAAGGAAGUGCUGAAAUUUGCUACAGGUUGUAUGAACGUUCGUACAAAUGGCACAAUACAUUUUGGUGUCAUGGACAGUAGAGGUGACACUGGUUAUGUACAUGGUGAAAUCAUUGGUAUUCCUGUUAAGGAAAAAGACGUAUACUGUGAUGCAUCAGAUUACAUAGAGAGGAGUUUCUCUAGCUCUGAUCGCGAACUUGCACGAUUAUGUAUUAGUGAACCUCAGUUUGUUCAAGUAGUCUGUUCAAACAGCACAGAGGAACUCUACGUUGUGGAGGUUGAUAUUAAGCCCACAUUGAGCAUAGUCAAGAAUAAGGUGUUCUCUGUUAGCUUGCCAAAUUUCAAUGAGAAGGCAAACAAAGUUCAGCUUGAGAAGAAAACUGCGUAUCGCAGAGUGGGUUCUAAAACCGAACCAGUGGCAGACCUCAGUGAUUUCUACGAACACAUCAGUUUUAGGGAUGCUCAGAGAGAAGAGGCAGAGAAAAAGCAUAAUUUCACAGCACCAGAACUGUCCCAGAACCUGGGAAAAAAGCUCAUCAUGCUCAUAACAGGUGGAAAGAAAAUAAUGGACAAGGAAAAAUGGCACAUACUGGUUACCAACCAAUUUCUGAAGAAAGAUCUGCAAAGCAUUGAUUUUUUACUGAACAUGAACGUCUUCUGUGUGUUUGACUUUGAUCCAGAUUCCAAUGUGUCUGGGCUAUGCUAUGAAUACAAUAAGCACCAUGCAGUGAACCGCCAUUUCAUGCAGAACUACAAAAUUCCCAGCGGAUUGAGCAUCCGAGAAUUUGAGAGUCACCUGCGUUUGUUUGAUCAAAUCAGCUGGAUAUUUUGCAAUGGCCGGAACGAUUUCAAAGGCAAUGAGCCUCCAUGUGAUGAGAAGACCUGGGUUAAAACAAAAAGGACCCUCCUAAAAGAUUGUGUGUCACUGAUUUGCAAAGAUAUCUUACCCAAAGGAACCUUUCAAGUGAUUUUCCUCCUUACCUCCUCUGUUGACACACCUUUCCUAAACACGUUCUAUGAGUUCAUCACCGACAUGGAAGGACAUGAAGACAUUAUCUGCCUUGCAGAAUCAGAGGAUAAUUUCAAGAAAUGGCAGCGCUUUGCUCUAGGAUCCUGUGACAUGGAAACGGUAAAUAGUUCAAGUGUUGUUGGGAUGACAAUAAGCCAAGUAAAUGCAACCCUCCAACAGGUUCAGCCUACCACUACACAGGCCACCAAACGAUUACCAAUCCAUGUCAAAGGAGAGUGUUUUCUUGAUACUCGAGAGGAGGAAAUGAGAUGCUCUUUAGAGAUUCUGAGUCUAAACCACUGUGAAGAAACCAGUACUGAAUUCAUUGAAUCUGAAAAGGAGACAAUUGAGCAGCAGUUUUACCAUGGAGGAAAAGUAACUUGGAUGAAUCUCUGGCUUGCGGAUAAAAAAAUAGUUGGAGAGGUCAUUCAAAGAGAUGCUUACAGUGAAGUCAGUGGUCUGGUGAAAGAUCUUUUUAGGAGUUUGGACCGGGCACCCAUCAGCUGCAUCAACAUAUACCAUCAUCCGGGCAGCGGUGGUAGUACAGUGGCAAGGCAGGUACUGUGGAAUAACCGAAGGGAUCUAAGGUGUGCAGUUGUAAAACCUUCAUACUCAGCAACGGUUGUUUCAGAAGAUGCCAUUUGGCUUCGAGAAUAUGAAGAAAAAGAUCACAAAAAAUGCCUCCCUGUACUUCUGCUGUUUGAAGACUGUGAUCAAGAGUAUUUAGAAGAUGUCAAGUAUGAAUUGGAAGUGGCCAUCAAUACCAAGAAAAUCACACGUGGAACUCUCUGCUUCAUCCUGCUGGGUUGUAGGCGAUCUCACAAUCCAGAGAAAAUGUGCAAGGAAUCAGCUCAACAGAAUGUUUCUAUUACUCAUAAGCUUUCAGAGACAGAAAAAAAGCAGUUUUCCAAAAAACGACAAAGCCUUGAAGAACAGUUCAAUCCAGAAUACAUUCUAACAUUUGUCUUGAUGAGUGAGGAAUUUGAGAGCCACAGAAUUGCUGAAUAUGUGAAGCAGUUUGUCAAGCAUUUACUGCAAGGUAUUGAUCACGAGUCUGUUGUUACUAAGCUUGUUCUGUAUGUGGCAUUGCUCAACACUUACGUGCAGAACUCCUUCAUCUCUCAGUCACAUUGCGAAGCUCUCCUGGCUCUUUCCAGUCAUUUGGAUAGAUUUAGACAACACACCUUUGUGACUUCUCUAAAUGAUCAAGCUAGAUUGGUCUUAAUACACUUGAGAGAUGAAAACACCUACAUUAACUCGAUCAGAAUCAUUCAUCCACUGGUUGCCAAGGAAAUUCUCCACCAACUUCUGAGUGACAAGCAACCACAAAGUGAUCUGGCUUUGGAUCUUCUCAACAACGAUGUGCUGUUUGAGCACAGGUUUGGUAAAGAUCCGUACAUGAAGUUCUUGCGAGAUCUGUUCAUGACACGCCGCAGGAUCAGCAAAGGUGAUGAAUCGGACAGCUUUUUCUCCCCCUUAAUUGAGCAUGUGAGAGAGAAAGAGUGUCCAGAUAAAGCUAUUGAGCUUCUCAAGGCAGCUUACAAGCGCUUUAAUGAGGAUGCAUUUUUUGCUCAGCAGCUGGCUCGACUCAAUUACAAACAUGACAGAUUUGAUGAAGCAGAGCACUGGGCAAAAACUGCAGUAGCAAAAAGGCCAAACAAUUCCUACUUUCUCGAUACCAAAGGUCAGGUUUACAGGCAGUGGUUUGCAGCAAAAUGUAAAGCCAUGGAGCAAAUAGAAAAAACACCAGAAAAUAUCGUAGAUGCUUUGGAAACAGCACUAAAGGCUAUUGAAUGUUUUCAGGCAUGUGAGAAAGCCGCAGUUGAAGACAAUGAGACCAUUAACAAUGCUGGCUUUUUUGGAGUAGUUGAAGUCGGAUGUGUAUUGCUGAAGCUGAUUUCCUCUCUUGAUGUGUUCUCAAGAAGAAAUCAUUCCCAAUGCAUAAAAUACCUCCUCACAGACUAUGUGCCUGCUGAGGUAGAAGUACCAUGGGAAAAUUUUCAUGGGAAGCUGAAAAACCUCCAAAACAUAAUGCUGGAGGCACUGGAAUGGAUUUCAGAAGACUUGAGUUACUUCCAGACUGACCUGAACACAGAUAAGGAGAAGACAUCUGAGACUGUUGAGAGGACCACAAAGCACCCCAUGCAUUGGCUGGUGAAUAAAUCUUCAACCUAUGGUAAAUUCUUUAGUGGUGUUUCUCAAAGUAAAGAUCAAAACCGGAAAUUAACUCCUGUCAUGAAACGUAUGAUGAUUUAUUAUCACGGGGGGGGAAACAUCACAUCCAUUUUUUCCCUCCUAACAAACCAGAAAGUUAACGGUAACCCUGUCAUGGUUCUGGAGCUCAUUAUUUCACUUUACCCAAGCAAUCCGAUGAGGGCUCAGAUGCCACAAGUGGACCUUGUCAACUACAUGGCAUCACACUUUGCUUUAAGUUGCCUCUCAACUCAGUCUCCCAAGCUGACUGCAUUUCAGGAUCUACAAAGUCUGAGUCACCAGUUUCCUAAAGAGAAACAGAGAUGCUUACCAAGUGCUCUGUUCUUGCUUGUCUUACUUUUCUGGCCAGAAGAGCAGGACACAGAAGUGGAGAAAGAACACAAGUAUAAGACUGUGCUCUCUGCUGUUGAACACCUCCAGAGACUCUAUGACAAGAAAUUGAAAGACAUCCCUCCAAGGAAAAAGAGGAUCUACACUCAUUUCUUCCUGAGCAAUGGGACUGGGUUUGAAAAAUUUGUCCACAAGAGUAAAUUUGAAACAAUCACAAAAAUGUUCUCCGUUUCAGAAAAACGGCUGAAAUGGUUUAGUGGGGAAGUAUGGAAAAUGCCAGAAAUGUCUAAAUUGCUGAAAUGUGUCACAGGCUGGACUGAGGAUGAGAAGGUAUUUCUGGAGGGUCCCAAAGAAAUGAAAUUUCAUAUCCCAGCUCUGAAGACAUCCUCAAUACCCCACAACAAUGAGAAUGUCACUUUUUACCUUGGCUUCACUCUGAAAGGACCCGUUGCAUACAACAUUACAGUACAAACAUAGACAAAUGUACGUUUAGGGUAGAUUAGGUGCAAAUGAAUUCUCGUCCAAGAAGAAGGUCAUUUACGGCUGAAUAAAUACUCAGUUUAGCGUGGUUGGUAACAUAUAUUUUUUUUGUGUAAUUUACUGCAAUUUUUACACCUGUCAGCUGUCAGUAAAACAGCUUAAAUGGAAGAUUGUUGAGAUAUUGGGAGAUAUGUAUAAUUCCUUUUUUUUCCCUGGAUUUGACCGAAAACUGAUUCUGGGGAAACAAAAACCUAAUAAGGAUGUAGGGCUAUUGAUUUUACUAUAUAUUUUCAUCUCUGUGGAGACAUAAAUUUCCACAUUUUCAAUGGUUUUAUAUUUUAACAAUUUUUUUAUUUUAGUUUAUAGUCAUGAAUGAUAAUGCUUUGUAUAAAAAUAAAGGCAUUUAUAUUUGAA